AAGCUCAAUACAAAGCAUCCCUAAGCUGAAUUCUCAGUUUCCCCUUCCCCUCCAAAAUCCCACAAAUUAGUGUUGCUUUUUGCAGUAGAGAGAAAGAGAGGUCCGCGAUGGAAGCAACGGCAGGCAGAAAGGAGUUCUAUAGCAAUUACAUGCUAUUUAACCCUAAAAAAGCCACGCUGUUCGACCUAAUUGCCCUCUUGUUUUCUAAGAAUCUAAAGAACAGAAAAUUUAUUGAAACCAAUAUCGAAACCGAGGAAAGUUUCUGGUAUAGACUGCUUGUGUUCCUUUCCACUCUUGCAGAAGUUUCUGCUCACAUAAAGGUACCAAUGGCUUUGGCCGGCCAGACUUUUGAGGAUAUGUGCAACCUUUUCACUAACAAUGGUGGCUUGUUUGGUCUCGUAAAACGAGUCAUGACAGGGAAGGUGGUGAUUCCAGACAGAGAAGCAGCGAACUAUCUUUCAGCUGUUGGAUUCACGGACCCGAGAAUGGAGUUAAGCAAAGACAUUGUUUAUGGAGACUCCAUGUAUUAUCCAGUUCUUUCCAUUAUGGCUGCUAAAGCUGUUUACAAUAAUGGUGCUUAUAACAAAUCUAUUGUCGAAGACCAUUGGGGAAUGCAACUCAUUGGAUUCAAGAAUUAUUGGAAUGAUUUCAUACUACAACCGGACACCCAAGUUACUCUAUUCCGGAACAAAACCGCCGAUCACGACACCAUCGUUGUUUGUUUCAGAGGAACACAGCCAUUCAGUGCCGAUGAUUGGAGUACGGACAUCGAUUUGUCUUGGUACGAGUUCCCCGGAAUCGGAAAGGUUCACAGUGGUUUCUUAAAAGCCUUAGGGAUGCAAAAAGUCGUCGGAUGGCCCAAGUUCGUCGUCCCCGAUAUCACCCGUCGUGCGCCGUUGGCUUAUUACGACAUAAGGAAUAUCUUGAAGGACCUUUUGAAACAAAACCCCGAUGCCAAAUUCAUAGUGACCGGCCACAGUUUGGGCGGUGCGUUGGCCGCUCUUUUCCCGGCGAUCUUGUUUUACCACGACGACCAAUUGUUGCUGGAGAGGAUGGAAGGCGUUUACACGUUUGGCCAACCCAGGGUCGGAGACGACGCUUUUGGGAUUUACAUGGAGAAGAAUCUGAACAAGAACGGGAUCGGGUUUUACAGAUACGUUUACUGUUAUGAUUUGGUUCCUAGGGUUCCUUUCGACGCCAUGUUCAAGCACUUCGGCACCUGCGUUUUCUACAACAGUAAAUAUCAAGCAAAGAUAGUUGAGGAUGUGCCAUACAAGAACUACUUCUCGCUCUUCGGGUUUAUUCCGAUCCAUUUGAACGCCAUUUAUGAGGUGAUAAGGAGCUUCACGAUGAGAAGCAAAUAUGGAUCGGAUUAUACCGACGGGUGGUUGAUGUUCGGCGUCAGAUUAUUCGGACUUCUGAUCCCUGGAAUCGCGAAUCAUUGCCCACAAGACUACGUUAACUCCACUCGUCUCGGCAAACCCGACGACGUUUUGUUCCUCCCUCUCCACACCAAGAAGGCUCUUGGUUUUGAAGUGCCCUUGUUAGCUGCAUAACUUAAUAUGGCCUCAGAACGUUGGUUGCCGCUGCUGAUGUAUUGUGUAGAAAAAUAACCGGAAGGUAUUCUAGUACCACCAGGGUUGAAACCUAGCUAUGUUAUGUAUAUUAAUUAUGCUUCAUCCAUGUUAAAAGAACUUUCAUGUAUUUUCAUCUUGGUUUGUGAGAAUAAAACGGAAACGUUUUCUUCC